AUGGAUGCUAUUAAAAACUUUGCCAAUAACCUUACAAAUAGAGAUCAGAGCAAUAAUACCAAUGGUAAAAUUGUGCCAUUGGAGGAUAAAGAUAAAGAACCACUAUCCAUAAAAAAUCCUUUGGGUAGUAUGGCUAAUGAAUUGCAGAUGGCAGCUAGCAAAGGGAUGCAAAAGCUCAUACAAUCAGUGGACAAUGCAAAGGCCGAUGUCAAAUAGGGUUUCACUUAAUUGGAUGAUAAAUUGAAGCUGAUGUUGAAGCAGUACACUCGUUAAAUCAACAUAUGGGCAAGAUCAAAGGUGUUAUCAUCGGUAAUCAUAGUGAUCGAGAAAUUUCGACCCACGGUUAAAGAAGGGCUCAAAGAUCCUGAUAUGUGUUAGUGUGUGAAGAAUUUAGUUGAUGAUACUGUAGAUGCAACUUGGCCAGAGAUAGUGGAUGAAGUUAAAUAUCAAUUGAUGUUGUAAAUAGCUGAUCCUUACACAGAAAUAGAGGAGAAGAAGCAAACUCUUGCUUGUUUAUACCCAAUUGUUUGGAUAAGGAACUGGUAUCUCUAUUCAAAUUAUCCUUAUGACAGAAGUGUUUGGAGACAAUAUAAAACCAUAUCUUAUUGGUUUUGGUAUUUCGUAUCAUUGAUUCCAUUUUAUGGUGUCUCAUAGUAUUUCUAUGUCUUGGAUUUCAUUAUGAUGGAUAAAGGGGAUGAAUAUCAGUUGGUCAAAUUUAUUUUGAGUUUUAAAACAAUGUUCUUCAUAACCUAAGGAGUAAUGAAGGCUUUGAUAGGAUAUUUUAUGCUAUAUGCCUGCACGACAAUGAACUACAUUGAUAGUGCUUACUAAUCUGAUUGCACAAGGAAGGGUCCAGGAGCCAGCAUUGAAGUCUUUUCUGAGGUUAUUGGACAAGGCAUACAAGUAGUUCUUAUUUGGGUGGCCUUCUUCCUUUUGUCAUGCUCAAAAUAAAAGGGGAAGCCAGUUUUUCAAUAUGAUGAUACUCCUUAAUUGAAGGAGGGAUGUUUUGAAAGGGGAGGUCGACUGAAGUACUUUAUGUUUUGGGAUAUCUUUGCUUUGGGAGGCAGCAUUGGACUGUUUUGGUUGGUGUAUUUGACUUAGGAUACUCGUCCUAAUUUUGAUAAUUCAGGAGAUUUUAUUUACUUUACUGAAAUUUGCUAUGGAAUGUUGAGUUUCCCAUUUUUAAUUUUUAAUGUUCCUUUUGUGAACGGGAGAUUGACAAAGGCCAAGGCAACUGCUUACGAUAGAAAAGGCAAUUGUAUACCCGCAAUUGAUGGACUGAGAAAAUAAAUAAAGAACAAUCAAGAUGAGGAAACGAGUUUUUUGCUGAAUACUCUGUCAAUAGAUGUUGGGGAAGUAUUUGAUGGUUGA